AAGCAACAACCGGAUGAGUCUUUUAUUGUGCCAGUGAAAUCAGUUCUCUGACUUUCGUUUCAACGGACAGACGUGCGGUUUCUCAAAAUAUUAAUCGAUUUCAAAACUCGCUUUGGUGUUUUACGCAUUUAUGUGAAGGAUCAAAAUGCUGCAGCCACGCGAACCCAACAGGAUAUCUGAUUCUCGCUUUAAAAAAAUCAGCUCGCUUCCCUCUCGAAUAAACAUGAUAUGUUUCAUAUAUCACAAUCAAAACUGGAGCUUAGCUCUGUUAACCGCACUGAUAUUAACUAUAGUCCACAUUGAUGCCUCCCAAGCAAUAAAUCAACCUUUUCUUGUGAGUCCGACCCCAACUUUGCAAGCGAUAGCUGCAGAUGAUGUAACCACUGUACUUUUGGUAAAUAACGAAUCAGGACAUGUGGGCGAUAUUCAUGGACGGUUCUUGACAGUACGCCCAGAAAUAGGUGUUUUGACAUCAACAGCCAGGACAUUUAUCCAGGAUGGAACAACAACAGAAUUUGCCACUAAAAUUGUAGGAACUACUUUAAAUAAUGGUCGCCUUUACGCACAAUACCUUCGAAAGAGUUCCAGAGUCCUUUAUGAAAACGAAAAUCUAUCACCGUCUGUAGUUACUAGUUGGGUAGGUGAAGACGGUUCUCAUCAGACACCACUAUUUUUACAAAGUCAUAAUGAUCUUUUUAAUUCCGAUGACGCCGACUGGCAGGAUAUUGACGAUAGCCUAGGCGUAAAUCGUGGAGAAUUUGUGGGAAACACGGAUUAUGUAAUCCAACAAAGUACAAAAGUAAGAGAACUAAGAAAUCCUGAUCAUCAGGAUAAACCGUUAGGAUCUGUGGAACCUGUAGCCAACACUAAUACUUCCAGCUUUGACUCACAAAUAAAAGAAAACAUUAAUAAAUUCGUUGAUGAUAAGGUGUCAUCGAUUGAACAUUUGGAAACGUAUACAAUUAAAAGUCACUUUGGUGAUUUUUCUCCGUCAAACCAGACAGUCCCUGGCUUAUAUGCUUCAAGGGAAGAACGAAAAUAUGAACAGAAAUCACGUACAGAACAAAAUGUUGAAGAACAAGAGCAUAUUAGAAAAUCUCCCCAUAAACAAGUCUUAUCUUCAGUAACAUAUUACGGAUUUGCAGAGUUUACCACUAUUGUUGGCGAUAGUGUCAUUGUUUUUUCUCCCAGUACCAUACAGAGCACUCAACAUUUUGGACACGUUACAUCGAUCAAAGGCAAGCCCACUUUACAAGCUUUGUCAAUGCACGACUACAACAGCCAAACUCUCGAAAUAUCACCGAGUACUUUAGAACCGGUCACAACCUUCAACAAAACCGAAAUCUUUUCGACAAUGUCAAGUUUUGGGACAGAUAUUUUUGCAAGUUCAAGUGAGGAAGAGAGUCAUUCGAAUAUCAUAUUAACUUCAGAGUCAACUAUUCUGUCAACAUCGAACCUUAACAAUAUAUUUUCUGAGACGGUAGAAAAUAGUUCGGUUUUAUCUGAUGUCCUAUUGAUUUCAAGUGAAGUUAACAAUCUUCAAUCUUCACUCUGUUAUACUAAUGAUUGUUCGCAAAAUUCAACAAAUCACAUUGAACCAAUCAUUCAAAAACAGGAAGGCGCUACAACUGUAUUCAUUGAUGACGAUCCUUUCACAAGUUUUGUUGAGCUAAGCAAUUCUUCGAGCUCAAAAUUAAAUUCUGCUGACCAAGAAAAAACUUUUCAACAAACUGAAGUAUCUAAAAGAAAUGAAAUGCAUGAUAGUAUUACCUAUCAAACUGUUACUGACGUUAAUAGCGACAGUUUUGGUGAUAAACCAGUUAUUGGGGCAAGUAAUGAGAACGAGAAUAAUUUUGAAGAAUUAUGCAACCAAACAACUUCACAAGUAUUUCUUACUCAGAUGCUAAAGACACCGAAUGUUGGCGAUGAUAGUAUUGUUAUUGAUGCCAAUCCUCUUUUUGCUUAUAACAUUGUAGAAACUACUAAAUUCUAUUGCAUACAAGCUUCCCAAUCGAAUCAAAAGACAGAACUGAAUGAUGGUAAUACGUCCCAAGAGACUGUUAAAGAGCGACAUGGCAAUUUAAUGUCUACUGAGUUAAUAGAUGAUGUAGACGAAACUACAGUUCGAGACUCGGAAGACUAUGAUGUGACGACAGAAAAUGAUUAUGAAAAUGAAGAUGACGACUACGAUAGUGCUACUGAUGAUGUUGAUCUAUUGUAUAAAACGCUAUAUACUACUUACACAUAUUUGACAACAUUCUUUGAAGGGUCUCGCACUACCAUAUCUAGCCACACAGAAAUCAUAACAAAUAUCGCUUCUUCAACACUUCCGUCUAAUGUUGAUUUUCAGUCAAACACUUUGGAUAAUAUUGCCGAAAACCAGAUUUCUGAAAACACAAUGCGGCUAGCUGACCAAAAAGAUUCACCUUUAUUACCCAAGUUUACUAUCCCUGUCGAGAUUGCUAGUCUAUUAAUCCAGGAAAGUAAAGUAAAUACCGCUGAAAAAGAAAAUACCGACCAGUUAUUAACUAACUUUCUCGACGAUUUAAAAUAUAGUAAAACCUUGUUCACGACAUAUACAUAUUAUACAUCGAUUUUCACAGAUAAUGAUACUGAAAUACAAACUCGAACCGAGGUAGUCACAAAUUAUAUAACUGAAAAAAUUUCGAACUUUCAAACCAAUUAUAUUAUGGAAAGCGAUCAGAAAACCACUAAGCUAAAUAUCUCGGCAUCCGAAGCAGACGACACGAAGCAGACAAACGAAAAACUUAUGACAUUUGAAAUAGGUGUAAAUUCGAGCAACUCAAGCAACAUGGGCAAUACAAAACCUUUUAUUAAAAAGAGUCCCCUGGACGACCAAGUAAGCUCAGAAAGUAAUACGGAGGAGAUUAUACCAUCAGCAACGUUUCUUCUCCAAACAAGCUUUACAACAUUUACCUUUUAUACGACAAUGUAUGUAGGUGAUGACACAAAUAUUAUCAGUCGUCUUGAAACUGUAACCAACGUGGGUACUGAAACUUUGCAACCUACAAAAAUAGUAAACUUAGAGGAUUCUUCAUUUCCUAUUACUUACUAUACAACAUUUACAUAUUGGACGAAGUUGGCAAAGGAUGGUGAGAUUACAACAUUAAGCAGAGAGGAAACGAUAUCCAAUGUGAUAGAUCCAACUAACGUCACAGUAUUAGCUGUUAAUGAUUCACGGACAACUGAUGAAAAUUUAGGUCUGUCGGAUAGCGAUACGAAUAUUCAUUGGAAAUCCAAUUAUGAAAAUUCCAUAAUUUCCACGUUAACUGAUCAAAGCCUUCAUUCUGACAUUACCACAUAUUAUACUACUUAUACCUAUUAUACCACAUCAUAUGAUGUUAAUAUGACAAUUAUCGAUUCAAGAUUCGAAACUGUUACAAAUUUAGUGCCAUCCAACGAGGAUUAUAUUUCAUUGUCAAGCACUUUGGCAAUAGAGCUUAAACCUAGUCAGCCUGUUACUUCAAUAGAUCAACAGACUAGAACUGGUGCACCGGAUGCUGUUUUGUACGAUUAUAAACAAAUAAUUGAUGCAGAUGAAGUCAGCACUUUGUAUUUUACAACGGAAAUUUUAACAUCAAUGAACAGUGAGGGACAUGAUAUUUUAGUAACCAGUAGCACAUCACGACUACAAAUUGACGAGUCCAAAAAGUCAAUUUUAGCCAAGCUGUCAGCUAACUCACUUGAUGAUAGCUUAUCCAGCCUAAAAUUGUAUAGAACGGGUUUAGUAAGGCUCAUUGAAGGAAAGCGUAUACAAAAUAGUACUACAACCUUAUACCAAUCAAAAGUUAUUGGAACUGUCAUAGACAAUCGAUAUGCACAAAUAAUAGAAAGUACAUCAAGUUUUUUCUUUGAAAAGUCUCAGUCUGACGAUAUUUUGCUUCCAACAACUGUUAAAAUCUCUAAUAUGGCACAUGCCAGUUCUAUUGAGCUAACAAAAACUUCCACAUCUGUAAGUGAUGAACAUACUAUUUCAGAUUCGGAUGUAACUAGUGAAGGGCUGUCAAAUUAUUCACCACAAAGUACGAAGCGGGCAUUCGCACCUGUAAUACGGCCUUUUGCCUCACGAAACAGACCUACGUUCGCACCAAAACAGAAAACUUUAGCCCCAAGUAGCGCGACAAUAAUAACAAGAUCGGAUAUCACACCCACUAUUACGGCAACUCCUGCUUUAAAAUCUGCCGGUAGAUAUAGCUCGUCGCGAAGGGGUAUAAUUUCCAAUGUACCAAUUAAUCCCAACGAGUCUAGUUUAUUCCAAGGGCAGCCAUCAAGACGUCUGUUUGGGCGACCAACUAAGUCAUUGACAAGUUUAAUCGAAGCGGAUAGUACUCCCCAGUCUAAUCUUGCCUUUUUACCUUCGAAGAAUCGGUUUGCUUCAUCCUCACGCCCAGUCGUUAGUUCCAGGAGACAAAAUAUAAAUGUUUCUUAUCGUUCAUCAAAUAUUCCCGGAUUUCGUGUUUCUGCAAUAUCCAACUCUAGAUUACGCAUAAAGCCAACUAACUCAGGGUUACUGGUAAGCGAUAGGCUUACCCAGUCCGUGACAUUGGGCAAGGAGCUAAGCUCAGAAAGUAGUGUUGAAGAAGAAAAUUCAACAGAUGAAGAUGCUGAUGAGGAAGAAAACUCUAAACGCAAUAGCAACCCUCUACUGAGAUUUCGUAGGCCUAUAAAUGGACCCAGUGGCUUUACGCCAGUUACCCGUCCAACUUCCAUUUCCGCAGGAGUUUCGCUCAGACGAAACCCAUUAUCGGUCCGUUCAAAAAUUUCCACAACAACAAGCAGCUCAACAACAACGACGGCCAAUCCUCGGCCUCGAAGUUUUCAGAGGCCUAUUGGUCUCCAGCCAAGAAUAAGACCGCAAAAUACACUUUUUCCACCGCGAGGACUAUUCCAAAGUCAGCAGAAGGAUGAAAGUCUUAAGGACGUGAAAACAAAUGAUAAUGUUUCUAUAGAUGAUUCUGAAUUUGAAGAAGAUGAUGCUAGCAACGCUGAAGAAUAUGAGCUACAGGAAAAGGUUGACCGUAGUAAGCGCUCUUUUCGCAUUUUAUCGCGCUCUAAAUCUGGAAGGAGAGUUCGUCGGCAAGCAGAUACAGUAAAAAGAAACAGAUUUCGAUUCCGUCGUCAAAACCAAACAGCGACAUUUACCAAAGAAGAAUCAAAGCUUAUGGGCUCUGACGAUCGUGCAGAGUCUACAUCAUCCCCGAGGGAUAAAUCAUCUUCUAGAUUCGGAUCAAGAUUUCAUUCUCCACAGGGGCAUUCCCUCCACGCGCAGACAACAAUGAUGGACUUAACAACAGCGACAAAUCUAAGAACAAUUCGGCCGACUAGGCCGACAACAAAACGCCCUCAAUUUACGUUAAGAGAAAAAGAUGCUACUUUAAAAGGCACUACGCGUUCAAGUUCUACUAAUAACUUUCGACGUCAACAAACAUCUGCAAAUGCCUCAGUAAGGCGACCUGUUGGACCAAAUACAGGAAAUUCAAGCACCCGCAGGCUAAAGAGCUAUGCUAGCUAUAACAACAAGAAUAAUGCCGACCACGGACGAUUACCAAGUACGCCCCGUUCCCGAAAUUCGAACUCUAACACAUUGAAUAGAGGAAGGGGUCGGGGUCGUAAUCGAAUUGAAUACCCCUCUGACUCGCCAUCUAUAGAACAUGAAGUUCAAACUAUAACAGUUACUCAUUUUCUACCAUCUGAGGUUACUAUACCAGUAGUUAGCGGUCAUGUAACUGAGUACAAAAACAUUGUCACUGCCAAAACGAGCACCGAACUGUUGGGUCCAAAUGAGUAUGUAAAAGUAUUAGGGACCAACGGAUUGAGUUCAUUAUACCUGAACCGGGAAAUCUCUAGUAUAAAUAUUGCUGGUGCCACAGAACAAACAAAAUAUUUGUUGCAUGAAUCUGUCACUAGUUCUGUAAUAUUUACACCAACUACAAUACGCGGUAGGAAGACGUCCUUUUCACAUAUUAUUCCAUCCACAGCAUAUUCUGUAGAGUACUUAGUAACUACAAUUCAGCCUCAAAUUUCUGAUAAUGCACCGCUUGCUAACAUAUUGCUUUCCCAGUUACUUUUGGGAAAUUUGAACUUACCCGCUCACCCAAUAAUAGGUGCUGUCGGAAAUCCAAAUGUCGCAUCAGUUGUUUCACCCACUGAACCUAUCACAGAAUAUCGUACCCACACUUCCACAUAUGUAACUACAAUAUUUGAUGGAAAAUCUACCAUACUUCCGGUGACCUUUCAGGGUAAAAAGAUUCUAACUACUGUCUAUGAUACUACUGCACAAACUAUAACAGCUACAGAAUAUAGUGUAGACACCAUAGUUGCCACACCAACUGUGCAGAAUAUACAGUCUGUUGGACCGGCUGCUCAUGUAAACAAUUUAUUGUUGCAACAGUUACUUAUUCAGCAACAGCAGGAGUCUUUGUCGCUGGCUCAAGCUAUAUCGAACACUUUACCCCCACCAAUAUUUUUAGGUGAAAACCUGCAGGACUUGGACGAUUUAUCGCGGUCAUUACUAAAAACGGAUGUAAUCGAUAAUGCUGGGACCGAUGCGGAUGUUGAGUCAGUCAGCAAUGAGUCGCAGUUUACAAAAAACCACCGAAAGAAAUCACGAAAAGGAAACAGUGGACACAAGCGUAGUAAACAAAGUCAAUUAGCAGUGCAACAUCCAGAUCCAAGUAUAGUAACACUAUAUGUAUCCGGCCGAAGGCCUGGCGAGUUUAGUACGGUAUUGUCAACUGUAGGGAGCGAAUUUGAUCACUCAGUUUCAUUGCAAAAGAGGCACGCAUUUAUAGAAAUUCAGCCAACCGACACCAUGAAUUCUUUCACUCACACCACACAGAGCUCAAAUGAAACUACCGUUUUAAAAGGUCAAAACGGCUUUUUGACAACGGAAGUUGGACUUAAUGAAUUGAGCGAUCGAACUGCAUCAUUAGAAAGCAUUGUAGGGGAUGUCGAUCUUUGGUUCGCAAAAUCAAGUAGACAAUCCAUACGAUUGUCGACAACGAUAAAUUUACUGAAAGUCUAACUUCAAAAUUUAAAUUACCUUGUUAUUCUGUUUCCAACUUUAGCUAUCGACUAAAAAACAAAACCAUAGUUCACAGCGUAUUUAUUAAGUCCGCAUACAAGCGCAAUAAGUCCUGUCCCUCUUUGGAAGAUGUCCGAUUACUAGUCAAGGAUAAAAUAUUUAUCAAAAGGAGUCUUCUACAUUAUCCAAAUUUUCACAAACAAAUAUAACACGUUUCUGUUUCUGAAUCAAAAAUAAAGCAUAAUCUUUGCAUUAUCUAAUCUAAAGUUUACAUAUGUCUUUUCAAUCUAAACAAGGUCCAUUUUCGUUAGAGUAUAAGAAAUAGCAAUAAAGUUUGUAUUAACGAUUCACAUUGUUCUGACUAUCACAUCGAAAUUAACAUUUACGCUCACAGAAAUUAUACAUUAUUAUAUCAUACAAAGAGUUAAAAGUUAAUAUUAAUAAAAAAAAAAAUUUCAAUAUUUUACCAGUAUAAAAUUAAAACAUACUAUAAACUGUUAUUUGUUAAACUAUCUAUCGAUUUGUAAAAAAGGCACUGACUAAAAAUAAUCCAGUUCAAUCCUAGAAAAGAAAUAUUUUUGAAAGGUUUUUAUUUGCUAUGUUUAAAAUAAACGAAACGGAAUUUAAUAAGCAACUUGUAUUUUGUGAAUAUUGUAUUCGGUUUCUAGCGACGUUCAGCAAACUUAAAACAUACCAUAUAAUGAGCAUAUUAUAUAUAAAUAUAUCAUUGCUUCUGAUAUAUUCCUACAUGUAAUGGUUUUCUAGUUAAUAUGAGUAACUGUUAUUUGUUUGUUUGUAAUAAAAGAAUCGCAUAUACCAAUACCUUACUGAAUGAAAUGUAUAUAUGUAUAAAUUUAAUUUUAUUUAGUUAUCCUCUUACUAAUACCUUAUAAAAAUGUACAUAGAUAUGAUCAAUAAAAAGUAAUUGACUAUG